AUGGACGAGCAGGCUGGCCCAGGGGUGUUCCUCAGUAGCUGCGGUAAGGUGCCCCAGCAGGAUGAGGCGGCGGUCGGAGGAGAGGCGGCCAGGGCCCGCUACAACGUUCCGGAGAUAUUACGGUACAUGCAACACGAGUGGGCGCGCUUCGAGCUCGAGAGGGCGCGAUGGGACGUGGAACGCGCUGAACUGCAGACCCAGGUCUCCCUCCUCCAGGGAGAGAGGAGGGGGCAGCAGAACCUGAGGAGAGACAUGCUGAGGAGGAUCAAGAUGCUGGAAUACACACUGAGCAGGGAGAGGACCCAGCACCAGGGCCUGGGCCCCGGACCCCUGCAGUGCCAUGUCAGGACCCCCACUUAUGAUUCAGAUGAAGAAGAACCUCCCCCCUCCCCUCCCACCACCGCCCAUCAGCUGAACUGGAGUCAGGGAAGAGAGCUGCUCACCCAAUACCUGCAGGAGGUGGGCUGCACUGGGGUCCUCCAGGAGGUGGGGUCCCAGAGACUGAGAGACCUGCUGGGUCUGGGUCCUCCAGACCCGGAGCACAGAGCCCUGCCGGGCCUGGGUCCUCCAGACCAGGUCCUCAGAGAGAAAAACCACCCGGAUAUGAUCAGCAUGGCGGACAUCAUAGCGGUCCUGGAGGAGAGUGUCAGCGACGAAGACGAGGAGGAAGAACAAACAAAACACACCUCAGAGCUGGACUCUAGGUCUUCCACCCCGACCUCCACAACCUCUGACCUCAGUGAUGACCCGGACAUGGAGGGGGCUCUGAGGGAGUUUGACUUCCUGAACCGACCGGCCGCGCUGGGCGGGUCUGUAGAGGACGCCAGCCAAUGGGUGGACGAGGGGCGUGGCCCAGGGGGCGGGGCGUGGCAGGUGGACCAGCGAAUCAUCAGCCAGCUGAAAGAAGAAUACAGGAAAGAACGCAGGGGGAGGAAAGGAAUGAACAGGCCGAACCGCUCCAAGCUGCAGGACAUGCUGGCGCACCUGGUCGACCCGGAUGACGGGGUGCUCCCACCCAGCACCACCCCCCCGCUCCCUGACCUCGGACCCCCUGGGGUCCCGGAGCUGGAAGACACACACCCCGGAGAAGGGUUGGCCCUGGGUGGGUCCAGCGAGGUCCUAGCCUUUGACCAGGGGCUGGCAGAUUUGACCAACGAGGCCCUUAGCCCCACCUACCAGACGGCCCCAAGCGGAGAGACGCUGCUGAAGACCUGGAAGCACAAGGUCACCCUCAGGGGUCACCUGGACGCCCUCCAUGGCCUGACCUUUCACCCCGUGGAGCCCCUGCUGCUCAGCGCUGCGGCCGACCACACCCUCAAACUCUGGAACCUCCACAAGACCACGCCCACCAAGAAGUGUGCUGCCCUGGACCUGGAACCAAUCUACACCUUCAGGGCCCACAGCGGAGCGGUGCUGAGUGUCACCAUGAGCUCUACAGGAGAGCAGAUCUUCAGCGGGGGGGUGGACGGCACCAUCCAAAGCUGGAACACCCCCAGCCUCAACACGGACCCCUACGACCCAUAUGAGCCCUCCGUCCACCAGGGGGCACUGUGUGGUCACUCUGACGCCGUCUGGGGUCUGGUGUACUGCGCCCCCCACCGCCGGCUGCUGUCGUGCUCGGCUGACGGGACGCUCCGCCUGUGGGACGCCUCCGCCACCUCCAGCCCCGCCCUCGCCACCUUCAACCAGAGGGGAGAGUUGGGCGUCCCUAGCUCCUUGGAUGUGGUGGGCAGUGAGCCGGACCACAUGGUGACCUCGUUCAGCACCGGACACAUCGGACUCUUCAACCUGGAGACCCAGCAGCUGGUACUGAAGAUGGACUCACACGCUACCUCAGACACCCCCUGCAGAAUCAACAGAGUGCUGAGUCACCCUACUGUACCCAUCACCAUCACUGCCCAGGAAGACAGACACAUCCAGUUCUUUGACAAUAACACAGGUAAAGUGAUCCACUCCAUGUUGGCUCACUUGGACGCUGUUACCUGUUUGGCUGUUGACCCCAAUGGACUUUACCUGCUGUCUGGGAGCCACGACUGCUCGGUCCGCCUCUGGACCAUGGAGACCCGGACCUGUCUGCAGGAGUUCAGUGCGCACCGCAAGAAGUUCCACGAGUCCAUCCACGCCGUGGCCUUCCACCCCACCCAGUGCUACAUCGCCAGCGCCGGGGCCGACGCCCUGGCCAAGGUGUUCGUAUGACCUCUGACCCAUCCUAUGACCUCC